AUGGGGAAGAAAGGUGCCGGUGACUUCGCGGACAGAGGCCUCCGAAGAACUCUGGUUGACAACUCGGAUUCAAAGACGGGAGAAGACAUCAUCAAGGAAGUCCUAGCCAGGAGCCCUCUACGAUUAGGGGUUAAGGCAAAAGCCAACUUCCAGGAGGUCUCGGAGAUCUAUCAACUUCGCGGCUUCCGGAGUUGCGAUUUAGCAGAGCUGACCCACGCGGACGCCAGCUUGUGGGCUUUAUCAUGGAUUGAUUGGGGGCCAAACCACUGGCACUCGGCAUCUUUCUGCGUGGAGACCUCAUCCGGCCCAUGGCGCGUCGUCGUCACGAAGCAGGGGGAAGUGAGCAGUGUGUUUCCUGUGGUGGAUCCAGAUCGUGGCACAGGCGCGGUGUCGGCGUUCCGUCGGGAAGAUGGCGCAGCUGGACCCAACAAGACCAGGACCGACGCAGCCCGCAAGGCGGAGAGGAAGCGGCUCUUGGACUUGAGCCGCGCGUUGAAAGACAGCCUGGCACUGCUGGAGGCCUUCCUGGCUUCGGGCUGUCGAUCAAACAGGGCAGAGGUGUCCGACACCUGUAGCUGGCUUCAAGAGCUUUGCUGGGAGGACCUCCCCAAAGUGAGCAGAGAACUGGAGUGGAAGACCUCAGAAGGCUGGAGACCAUGGGCGCAACGAGCUUGCGAGUCGCUUCGCAGUUGUUGUGGCGUGCAGGAGCUGGUUCUGUCAGUUGAGGAGGUCGGCUUCACACAUGACUCCAUCUCCACGGCUUUCAGGCAGGGCUCCGCCGCGGGCAAGGACAUUGAAUGCCUGGUGGAAGAUCUUCGGUGGGGCCGUGUGGAUCCUCUGCAAGAUCCGGACCUCCUUAUCGAAGCAGUGUGCCACAAGGGCCGUUUCCUUUCACUGAACAACCGGCGGCUCUGGGCACUCAAGCAGCACAAGAUCUUGCACGCCGCCUCCGAGGUGCGCGUGCGGCUGCGGGUCUUGCCCUGGAGCGACUCCGCCGUGACACGCUUCUUGCAGGCCUUUACCUCACAAGGCGAAACCGACACCGUCGCCUGCCGCACUGCACUGGAAGGUGCGCCUCCAGAGGCCGUGGUGGCCACGACCCUGGGCCGCGCCGUAAUGGCAACAGCGGCCUCCAAGCUGGCGGAGACCCAGGGAUAUCGCGUGAAGGACCCUCCACAACCUCCAGUAGCAGAAACGAAGCUCGGGGAAGCACCUCCGGGACCAGGGCCAUCAGAGCUGCAGCUGGGAGGAGAGACCUUCCCCAGCUGGCGCGAGGCGAAGGAACAUCUGCAGGGGAUCCUGCGCGCCAACAGCGGCGGCCGGCCGCUACCGGAGGUGGAAUAUCGUUUAGUGCUGGACGUUUUGCAGUUCCACCCGGAUCCGCAAGCCAAGCGCCUCAAGGAGGUCACCAAGAUCACGGUGGGGUCUUCGGAAAAGUUCGCAAACACCCCGUGUUUCUGGAUCUGGCGGCAAGAUGGCUCGGGUGAAGACAUCUCUGUCAAAAAAUGUUGGGACAAGCUGGACCUCAUAGAGAAGUCCGUGGCGAAGAAGGACAAGCAGCGCGACGUGUUGGCUGCAGGGCAGCGCUUCUCAGGAGUCCUGGAGAGUUGGACCAUUGGCCCAAAAGGGCUGAACUUCGGUUGGCUUCGCUUGGAUUCCGUGCAGGAAAGACAAGUCCCCAGAGAGGUGGAUGGCCAGAAGUUGUACUUGGAAUGGUCUGACGUGGCUGCGCAGAGCCAAGCUCAUGUGAAUGCCAACCGCGCCAGCAAAGAGCAACCUCCGUUCAAAAAAGGCCAGCGAUUUUCCUGUGUCCUUUAUCAGUGGCACGAAAAUGGGAAACUCGGGUGCAGAAGUGCAGAGUUGCUUCGGCCUUAUCUGCAGUGA